CUCAAGGCGAGGAGCAACAACAACAGUCGCUCGGCCAUCUUGGAUCAUAUGGGGUCCUGUGAGAGUGUAUCCCCACCAUUAUCACUUGAAGCUGAGGAAUAAUAAAUAACCAGGCACAAUGUCAGAGAGUGAAGGAAGUUACCACUCAGACUCCGAGCAGGAAAAGUCUGGGCCGGGCAGCGACAGUGAGGGUGAAAAUCGACGAAGCCGAAGUCGCAGUGCUGGCCGUGAACGUUCGCCAAGCAGAAGCAGAAGUCGCAGUGCCAGUGGUAGUCGGAGCCGCAGCAGGUCAGGUAGCAGGAGCAGAAGUCGCAGUAGGAGCCGGAGCAGAAGUAGAAGCAGAAGUCAAAGUAGGAGCAGAAGUAGAAGCAGGAGCAGAAGUAGGAGCAGAAGCAGAAGUCGGUCUGUAAGAUCAGAUGAAGCGAUGGAAGCACGAAGUGGGGAAGAGGAGAUUAGUGGAGAUGAAGAACCAGCUGAUGGUGAAGAUAUUGCUAAUUCUGAAUAUGACAGUGAAGAGGAGGAAGAUGAAGAACGACAUGCAAAGAAGAAGAGAAAAAGAGGUGCUGUGUCAGAUUACUUCUUGGAGGAGGCUGAAGUAGAUGAUGAUGAAGGUGAAGAUGACGAAGAUGAGGACGGUGAUUAUUAUGAUCUGUUGGGUAAUGAGAAGGAGGAGGUUGGCGUAACUGCCCGUGAGAUUGAAGCCAACCGUAGAGCACACAGUGUUUGGGAUAAUGAGCGAGAGGAAGAGAUUGAAGAAUAUUAUCGUCGCAAGUAUGCCGAAGAGUCAUCAGCAGCCAUGCGUUUUGGUGAGGGAGGUGAAGAGAUGAGCGAUGAAAUUACUCAACAGACUCUGCUUCCUGGUGUUAAGGACCCGAACUUGUGGAUGGUGAAGUGUCGCAUUGGUGAGGAGAAGAUGACGUGCUUACAGUUGAUGCGCAAAAUGAUUGCGUACCAAUUCACCGAAGAGCCUCUUCAGAUUAAGUCAGUUGUGGCCCCAGAAGGCGUGAAGGGCUAUAUUUACAUUGAGGCGUACAAACAGACUCAUGUAAAGUCUGCCAUGGACGGUGUAUCAAACCUGAGACUUGGUAUUUGGAGGCAGACGAUGGUACCAAUUAAUCAAAUGACUGAUGUCCUGCGUGUAGUGAAGGAAGUCCCAACGUUGAAGCGUGGUGCUUGGGUUAGACUGAAACGAGGUAUCUUCAAGGAUGAUCUUGCACAGGUGGAUUAUGUGGAUGCCUCACAGAACACGGUGCACCUCAAGCUUAUCCCUCGUAUUGAUUAUACGCGGAUGCGAGGAGCUCUUAGGUCUAGUCAGUCUGAGAAUGACCUCAAGAGGAAGAAGUUCCGUCGGCCACCACAGAAACUUUUUGACAACGAUGCCAUUCGAGCUAUUGGAGGAGAAGUCACUCAAGACGGUGACUUCCUCAUAUUUGAAGGGAACCGCUUUACACACAAAGGCUAUCUGUAUAAGACAUUUGCCAUCUCGGCAAUCAUGGCAGACGGAGUAAAGCCAACACUGAGUGAAUUAGAAAAGUUUGAAGAACAGAGCUUGGCAGAUAUGGAGCUCACUACAUCUGGCCGUGAGGAUGAAGGCCACAGCUUUGCACCAGGUGACCAUGUGGAAGUAAUUGAAGGUGAACUGAUGAACUUGAUGGGUGCUGUCACACGUGUGGAUGGGAACAAAAUCACAAUCUUACCAAAGCAUGAGGACUUGAAGGAUGAGCUGGAAUUCUUAGCUCAUGAACUGAAGAAGUAUUUCAACCAAGGAGAUCAUGUGAAAGUCAUUGCUGGAAGAUAUGAGGGGGACACUGGACUGAUUGUCCGAGUAGAAGAAAACAUGAUCGUUCUAUUCUCUGACCUUACCAUGCACGAACUUAAGGUGCUGCCACGUGAUCUUCAGCUGUGUGCUGAUGUAGCCACUGGCGUGGAUUCUCUUGGACAGUUCCAGUGGGGAGACUUGGUGUCUCUGGAUGCUCAGACUGUUGCUGUGAUUGUGAGGUUAGAAAAAGAAAACUUCCAAGUCCUGAAUAUGCACGGAAAAUUGGUCCACGUCAAACCUCAAGCAGUUCACAAGAAGAAGGAAAACCGUCGUGCUAUGGCCCUUGAUGCAGAACAGAAUACUAUCCAAGUGAAGGAUGUGGUGAAAGUGAUCGAUGGUCCACACUCGGGUCGUCAAGGUGAAAUACGUCAUCUGUACCGAAAUUUUGCAUUCCUACACUCCAAGAUGAUGAUUGAAAAUGGUGGAAUUUUUGUUUGCAAAACAAGACACUUGGUUCAAGCUGGAGGAGCUAAGUCAGCUGGAGGUGGACUAGGGUCGGGUGGCAUAGUUAUGGGCAUGGGCCUCAUGUCUCCUCGGCUUACUUCCCCGGCCCAUCCAGCUGGCGGCACUAGUGAGCGUGGUGACCGUGGUGGCGGUGACCGUGGUGGAUUUGGAGAUCGUGGGAGAGGGCGAGGAAGAGGAAGAGGGGCUGGCAGAGAUCGUGGUGUCAUUGGUCAGACCAUCAAGAUUACCCAAGGACCAUACAAGGGUCAUGUUGGUAUUGUAAAGGAUGCCACAGAUUCUACUGUCCGUGUUGAACUUCACUCCAAGUGCCAAACCAUUAUUGUGGAUCGGUCUCGUGUGGCAGUUGUGGGAUCCACCAGUGCCAAGGCUGGCUCAUUCACCUCUUACACACGGACUCCAACAUGGGGCUCUGCUACCCCUAUGUAUGGCAACACAGGCUCUCGCACACCCAUGUAUGGUUCUCAGACACCACAGUACGAUGGUUCACGUACACCACACUACGGGAGCAUGACCCCGUCCCAUGAUGGGUCUGCUACUCCGGGCAGACAAUCAGCGUGGGAUCCUACUAUCACCAAUACCCCAGCACGACAGUCUGAGUUCGAUGACUAUCCCUUUGAUGAAGCAUCGCCUUCACCCGCUUACAAUCCAGGGACGCCAGGUUAUCAGUCAGAUGCUGGGCAGGGUCCAUAUACCCCACAGACCCCUGGCACAGUGUACAGCUCAGAUCACAACUACAGCCCCUAUCAGCCUGAGCCAUCACCCUCAGGUUACCAGCCUGGUGGUAGCCCUGCUGCAUAUGUGGGAACACCAAGCCCUGGUACAGGCUAUCAAGGUACACCAUCACCUGGCUCUGGGUAUGCAUCACCUUCACCUCUUGCAUCGUACAGCCCCAUGACACCAGGAGCACCAUCUCCCUAUAAUCCUCAGACACCAGGUGCAGGUAUGGACUCAUUAGGAAUGCAGGAUUGGCAGACGGCAGACAUUGAAGUAAGAAUCAAGGAGACUAACGAUGACUCGGGUCUCAUAGGGCAGACGGGCAUCAUCCGGGGAGUAUCGGCUGGCAUGUGCUCUGUGUACCUGCCAGAAGAGGAGCGUGUUGUUAACAUCCUCGGUGAACAUUUGGAACCUGUCACACCAGCACAGGGAGAUCGUGUUAAGGUGAUCUUUGGGGAGGAACGUGAGCAGACAGGCAAUCUUCUUUCAAUAGAUCACAAUGAAGGUGUAGUAAAACUUGACCAUGCAGAUGUGAAGAUGUUGCAGCUUCGCUAUCUUUGCAAGAUGAAGUAACAAGGGCAUUCACAAUUGUGAUAAUUAUAAUAGUUUUGUCCUCUAACAUAUAUAUAUUUGACUUGCCCUUUUAUAGGGUGAUUAGCUUGUAUAUUACAGGAUUUGAAUUUAAAAAUUGACGAGGAAAUAUUGUAUGAUGAUGAAUGUGUACAGUAUUUGGAUGGUCUCAAGGAUAUGAAAAGUAACCAUCUUUUGAGUCAAGGGGAAAAUUUUCUAUUAUUCUACCUCUCAUCUUUUAUAUAUUUUCAUUUUAACUGGAGUUUCUUGCACUACCAUUUAGAAUUGCAGUGAAUGGAAAAUAUACAUCAAUUAGAAGAAUAUUUUUGAGAUUUCAACAAAAUUAAAGUCAGAUGUGUUUCAUUAAUCAGAAAAUAUGAAUUCAUUGUUUUAUGAAUAUUGUAUCCGUUAGCAUUUCUAUCUGUCUGUUUCUUUAUCUAUGCUUAUAUUCUUAAGUAGUAGCAUUAACAGACAUGCAAUGCUUGACAAGAAACUUAAAUAAAGCCACUGAUCCUCUCUUCAAUUUGUAAUGGUUGAAAGAAGGUGAAUCAAGACAUGCACUCUGCGUAAAUGUUUAUUGAUUGCUAACCUUCUUUGCACUGUUCAUUUGUCGGUUCACUCUCACAAUCCUGCGCGAUUUGUCAGCUUUGUAAACAUACACUCCACUGAAAUCCUGCAGGACAUUAUGAUUAUAAGGAAUUUCUACCCAUAGGGAUAACAAAAAUAGCCAAGUGUAGAAUGGACGUCAUUCAAUUACCUGCUCUUUACACUUAGUUAUAUGUUUUGCUUAGUUACAUUCUGUCCACACAAAUACCUUCUUCUUUUAUUAUUUAUACCUAACGUGGACUAAUUUAUUUUAUGUGAUUAUGAGAACUACUGUCAUAUCAUUUGCUUGAUUGUCUGGUAAAGUAUUUCCCAAAUGACAAUAUAUAAACAGUAUUUCAGAAUUAUCCUCAUUGCUUUAUGUAUUUCAACACCUUGGUUGUUUAUAACUGGAUGAAUUUAUUGAGUUUAUAGUGCCCUGUAGAUACGGGUACACAAAUCCUUACCUAGACUAUAAGAACCCGUGUUACUACUAUGUGUAUUGACAUAGAAAAGGUCGUUUUGGUGUUAUUUGUAGCUAUGAAAUCAUUUACUGACAUGGAUGAGGCUUCUAGCAGACUGCUUGUAUAUACUUUUGUAUAUAAGGGAGAUAUAUAAAUGAGUUGGGGGUUUUGGAUGUUAAUGGAAAUACCUUGUGGUGAUUUUGGAAAUGAGGCACCAGUUAAUUCAUUGUGCUUUCUGUAUUGAUUCGCAUGAGCGGUUAGACCUCCAAAAAUGAUAAAUAAUGUGCAUGUGCAAAAUGGAAAGAUUUAUUAGACAGGGUGUUGUGUUUCAAGGUGAACUUUUUUUUUUUUUUUUUUUAUACACGUAUAAAGCUGUUAUUCCUAGUACAGUAGUCAGUUUUUUAUCAAUAUGAAAUCUAAUUUUAUGUGAAAAACUGUACAAUAUUUAAGUAUUUAUGUCAAGUGUGAUAUUGUCUAACAUUUUGUAUUGAUGGUUUUGCCUUUACCAUUUUCUUUCUUCAGAAUGAGUUUGUGGAGAUGUUUGGAAUUUUUUUUAUUUUAACCUGUUGUAAAAUAAUCAUUAUCCUGUGAAGCUAUUAUCUAUUCAUGUUUUAUGUACGUUUUGUGUACAAGAUGUUAAAUUAAUCAUCACAUGUGUGAUGUUCUUUAAAGGUUCAAACUCCUUUGGAAAGAAGAACUAUAACUAAACAAGAAAAAUUAUUUUUUUAGUAUUUUUUUUUCUUUCAAUUUAAGAUAAAAUCAUGCAUAUUUAUUUAGCCUUUAUAAUGAAGAGCAAAAUAAAUUUAAUUUUCAUGCAA